AUUUUGGAUGUCGUCUGACGCGAGAGCGAGAUGGAGUUCCUACGAGUUGGGAUGUUGCUCCUAUUUCACGUAUUUUUCUUCUCUGGAUAUUCACAAUCGAGAUCUCUUAGGCCGAGAGAAAAGGAAAUUGAUACACUCAAAAGGGCGGUUCGAGAUUUAUUUAUGAUAUACCAAGAGGAAAGCUUGAAGACGAGACUAGUCGGUGUGAUCCGAGGCGAAGCGGGGAAACCCCUGAAUGAAAACGAAGACCACGUGACAAACGAACCAGGGCAAAUAUCUUCUGACGGAAACUUCACUGGGUUGGAUGACAUAUCAACGUCACUUCUUGAUACAAAUAAAAACGGCGACGAUGAUGAUGACGAUGUUGACGACGACAAAAAGAAAGACUUGCUUCUCCGAAUCUAUUCCAUAUUACGCAAAACCUCUCAAAAGGCUUAUGUCAAUGAGUCGGAUGAUGAGCAGGACAUUGAAAACCACCGGGGAGAGGCAGACGAUGACAGUUUAAGUGCGUACUCUAAACCCAAUCACAACCAUCUUACUUUGAUGCCGUUAAACGAAAUAUUCCCUGCAAACCCAACAAACGAUUCAAACAUUAACAUUUCCGUUUACGGUGCUAUAAAUGAAAGCAAACUGAUGGCUUUAGCGAACGAGACUAGGACAAAUGUAGACUGGUCGUACAUUCCUUAUUCGACCGAUUCGACGACGAAACUAAGUGAAGACGACGAAAUGGUGCUGAGGAAUGCAACACUGACCACUAUCGACGAUGUCGAGUUCACAAAUAAUAUGUAUCCUACAGAUGGCGGUGGUGGCGGUCAGGAAUUGUUUGAGAACAAACGCAACGAGCAGGACAUCGAAUACUUACCAAGAACGAUGUCGGAUGAGAAAAGGGGUGACAUUAGCAGGGAUGAAAUUAGAGAUGAAAACGAGAAAAAUCACGACAAUGAUUUUAUUAGCAUUAAACGAAGUAAAAUAGACUUGCAUUACCAGAUUGUUGCUCAUUUAGAAAAUGAUACUUCAACAUUUUAUAACCACUCUACAAAAGAAAGUCUCGAUCGAGAAGUUAGUGACGGUGGAAAAUACAUUGGUGAUGAUGGUGACAAAAAGGUCGAUGUUGUAGAUGAUGACGAUGAUAGCGACUAUGAAGAAGCAAAUAACGAUGAUGAUCAUAAUGGCAAUAUUUAUGUUCUUGAUCAUUAUUUCGCUGACGACGGCGACGAUGAUGAUGAAGAGGACGAUGAUUAUUAUGAUGAUGAUAUCCAUGAUGUCGAUGUCGACGAUGGUUAUGAUGGGGACGGUAAUCAUUAUGAUGAAGAUAUCGAUCAGUUCGAUGAUGAGGGUGACGACGAUGGUGACGACCAUGCUGAUGAUGAGGACGAUGAUCAGUACGAUGAUGAAAUCGAUAAUGUCGAUGGUGAGGAUGGCGGCGAUAUUAACGAUGAUGAUGAUAAUGAUGCCUUGCCUUUCGUUACAAAACCAAACGAUGAAGAGCAUGCUUACGACAACCAAAGAACAUAUAAUCGCGUUUUCGAAACCGGAGUGUAUUCUCAUAUAAACGAAGUCGAUGAUAAUCACCAUGGUCGUACAUCAAUUGAAGAUAGAGAUGCUGAAAGAUUCCUCCGCUGGAUGCUUAGAUACAUCCUCCGAAGAAUGGAUGAAGGAUCCAAAUCAGAGAGAAAAUUGAAGGUUGGCGAGGAACUACUGCCGUCUGAAGACGAAUCUUCUGCUACUAUUCGAAGAUAUCUAGCAAAAAGCUUACAAAAAGAACGGACUGUCGCUUCCAUCGGCGGAGAGGGCAGCAUUGAAUCUAGAAAUGGUGGGUUGACACCGACAACGAACGACAGGCUGAGAAAGGGAGAGAGGCCUUCAUCACGCCUUUCUCUUGAAGAGAAAUAUAAAGAUCCAGGGGUACUUCUACAGAGCAUCAUUAAAAGAGAAGACUUGGAAAGACGUAACCAAAUCCGAGACCUCGUGACAAGAUUGCGCCAAAGAUCGGAGAUCGCAAGAAUGAAGUCUACCCCAUGAACCUGAACGUUUACAACAAGUCCAACAGCCCAUUCAUUGCACAAACCAAGUGUAGUUCUUAUAACAUCGGCGGUCAGGCGUGCUUAGAUUCUUUACAAAUCAUUAAAAUUGGAUUUAAACCAAAAAACCUUUCGAAACAUGCUUGUCAUCAGAGUUCCUUUAUUUUAGGGACCGAAAAACAUAUUCAGUAGUAGACCUACAUGAGCAUGAUGAGUGGCUGGGUAUAGCGUUGCACUGCCGAGAGAGCGGUCUUGUU